AAUUUUCGUAAAUUCAAGGCACGGAAAGGCAGCAAGCGCACACACAACGCUUCUUCUUGUGUUUUGCCUGGCUGGCCAACCAAACAGCCAUGUGUUCUGUCAUGCAGUGUGGGGGACUGUUGUUCCUGACAACCCCAAGCAAAGUGAUUGUCGUCCCAGAUGAUGCUGUUGGUGCCCAGCUGAACGCGGCUUUGGAGGGUACCGAGGGUGCAAAGGGCACACGCGCUGCUGCGAUGGGGCAGCUUGCCAUUGACGAUGUGCCCACGGCCGCCACUGUCAAGUCGAAGCCAGCCACUGGCUCAGUGCUCCUUGCAGUGACAACCGCAAAGAAGACGUUGUACAUUUGUGAAGUGCAGCAGUUUGGAGCCACCAUCAAGAUCACCACAACGCAACAAACGCGUGUGGAGAAACGGUCAACCAAGCUCGUCUUCUCUUCCCUGGAUACCCUGUUGUCAGCCGACAAGUUUGGCGACGUGCACAAGUUCUCCUUUGCAACAAGUAGUGAGGACGCGGAAGACGAAGGUGCCGAUGCGUCCAAGACAUCCGAUCCCAUCUGCGGCCACGUCUCCAUGCUCCUCGACCUGGAUGUGCAAGCGGAUCAGCUGCGGACGGCAGACCGCGAUGGAAAGAUCAGAAUCUCGCGUCUCCCCGACGCCUUCUGCAUCGACGCGUUUUGUCUCGGCCACACAGAGUUUGUGUCUGCCAUCACAGGAACUGCGGACUGUGUUGUGUCGGGCUCUGGAGACGGCACAAUUCGCGUGUGGAACGCAGCAGACGGCUCGCAGCUUGCAUCACACAACAUCUGUGAAGUGCUGUCGCUGGCGAAGGCGGACCGCGAAUCCGUUGUUCCGACAUCGCUCUUCCUCGUCGCGCGCCAAGUCCUCAUCUUCAUUCUCAACAAGUCGCCUGUCGUGCACGUGUGGACGAUGACCGCGGACCUGACAGCAGUGACGGCCACGGCAAAUCUCGCUGUUGGUGGACACAUCUCGUCGUGCUGGUGCGAUGCCGCAACCCCGUCCGCCGCAUCAGCCGCACACCUUUGGUGUGUGGUUGAGCGCGAUGGUGGGCGGCAGGCGCUGGUGAUGGUGGAGGUGACAAACGACACUGCGGCACAACCGCGUGUUGUCACAGAUGAGCUGAUGCCGGCAUCGCUGGAGCUUGCACAACCGGUCCUCGACUUGACGGAACUCUUCCAUGAUAACGCCUCCACCUCAGACCUCUACUUUGCACGGAAGGAGAAGAGGUUGGAAGCAAAGCGUACCAAGCAGCCAGCCCCAUCCACAGCCGCAAAGAAGAGCAAGAAGCGUUGACACAUCAGUGGUGCAUGUGUGGUGGUGUUUGCAUUUGGACUGCUUGUGGACUGGUUGGUCGAAUUGUAGUGGAAAAUAUUGAAGAAUUUCAGUAAGGAC